CGGCACCACGGCAUCAUGCCGCUGGCGGCAACGCACCCAUUAAAUAAUUCUCUACUUCAACGUUCACUUUUCCUUCAAGCUUGUGACCGUUGCAUGAUGCAGAAUCAUGUUUUCAGAGAAAUUUCAAGCACCCGAAAGCAACGAGGCGGAUGAGCAACACUUACGGGAGAUCCUGUUACCGGAAAUUCAGCUAGAAAUUGACCUCAGGAAUCGACUUGCUCAAACGGUGGAGUCGAGAAUUGCAUGGGCGACGUCUCUGCAAGAAUCUCUCUUAAAAGGAGGAAACUCUGAGAAUGAUUCUGCAACGUUUGAGGCGGCGGCUCUAGAUGCCCUUUCUGCGAUUGAAGAACCUUCAAAAUUGUUUUUGGACCAUGAAACGAUCCCCCCAGUGUCGCCUGCUCCUCCUAUUCCCUCGGUUGUAGCUCAUGGGCGCAAGGAUCGUGGACUCCCACGAGAGAGCAGAGCAACGCGUUUUCGGCAAAAAGCCAAAUUUCUUUACACUCGCGCCAACAAUCAAACCAAUAUCUUGACGUGUCCUGGGUGCCAGCGGACGCAAUUCUCGUCGAUACAAGGCCUGUAUAAUCAUGCUCGAAUCACUCACCAGCUUGAAUGGGGAAACCAUGAAGACUGUGUUCGCGCUUGCUCCGUUCCGCGGGACGAUCUUGAUCUGAGUGAUGGGACGGAAGUAACCCUCACUCUUCUCGGCGUGCGAGGGUUAUUUGAGAGAGCAGUGGAGGAACCUUUGCCGUUGCCGGUGGUAGAUGCCAUGGACGUUGACGAACCUGCUUCAGUCCCGGAGGCUGCUAAUCAUAUUCGCCAGACAUUGGGUGUUCAUGCCAAGAGCUUCGCGCUUGCAUCUGUCUUAGGAAAAGAGGUCAAGAGAAGGGAAAUACAUACUUGGAAUGAAGAUGAAGAUGUUGAUAUUGAUGGUCUUGAUACCAAGCGUCCGAGGUGGCACAUGCCCUGGACGCAUAGAAGUUCAGCGAAACUAGAACCUCCUGGGGAAGAAGCUAUCCAGGCUCCCGCAGCUGUCGAUGAAGCGAAAGUCGUUGUACCCGAUGUUGUGGGUCAUUCAUCAAUUCCCGGUGUGCAGCCAAGCUCUAGUAGGUUCCAUAUUGCGGCCCGUGUGAUUGUCAUGGAUCGCAGUUUGCUUCUUGGAAUGCGACCAGAGGAAGCCAAAUAUACACAUAAAUGGAUGCUAUCUGUCGAGGCACCUUCAUACAGCAUCGAUAUCACGACUGUAUUGAACCGCAUCACUGUGACUUCCUUAUCCGACUAUCACGCUUUCCCUCCUUUAAGUGUAGCCCAUCCCCCCUUCCUCGUCAUGGGUGCAGCUGCCAGACCCUUCUUGGCGAAAAUCGAACUGCUCUUCAGUCACGCCCGAGGACAGAAUCUAGAUGGCCAGAAGUUCAUCCUUGAACACUGGGUCGAUCUUGCUCAGCGAUCCUCCAAACUGCCGGUAGAGGGAGAACAACAAGUUGUUGAUAUCGAGCUUGACAAGGAAACUGUAUUUUUGCCUGCGAAGACGAACUACGUCGCAGUUAAUGCCAAGGAACAUUGGCAGCGGGAAAUCGGCGUCGAUCCUGGAAAUCCCGCUAUCCCUGACAAUCUGACGAGCGUGGUUACCAUAGGCCCUUCAACACUCCCCAAGAACAUCGGUGAGGCAGCGAAGCCACAUAAAACGGCUCCUUCCGCCGAAGUUGGUUAUCCGGUAGUUCUCCGAAGGCUAUUGCCUAAGUUCCCCAUGACGCUGGAAGACGUGGUUGCAAAACGAACGCCUACGGUUCCUUACAUGCUCGUAGCCUCCCCUGACGAAUUCCAUGAACUGAUUUUGGGUCGACGCAAAGCGAUUGAGUGGGGCCGUGCCUCUGCCAUCCGGGAAGCCUAUACUGAGCUGGUGAAAGAGACUCAUAGAGAACUUGAACUCGACAGAUUAUCAACCGCAGAUGUCUUCUGUUGGCUGGAGAACGAGGGCCUUUUCCUAAGGACCGAAUCGUCCUUAGCAGCCAAACCACAACCCCCGACUCCUGAUAAGCUUCAUGCAGAACGAUGGUGCACCGCUUGUGGACUGGGUGCUCGCGUUCACAUAAGCAGUAACAGUCGCGACGGUUCUUUUGCUUGUAAUAUCACACCGAGUGAAUGGCGAGCAACCAGGAUGCCUAUCGUCGAUUUGGACAGAAUCUUGGCCACCCCGCAGUCACUUUCUCUCGGUCUCCUCACUCGUACGCGUGAUGAACAAAAUUUGAAUGAUGCUCAGGUCGUCAGAGCAUCUGACCCAAAUAUGCUUCUCUCUAUCAAAGAGGUCAUACGGGUUUUGAACCUGCCAACCUUUCUGCCUGACGGACGCAGUUCGUCGAUUUUCCCUAUCGACGCUCUUGGUCGAGAUGCGUCGGAAGUCAUACAGACACUGGCUCCUUAUGGCGUUCUUGCCUUGGCCACUGAACGUUUCAUCGCGAAGUUAGUGCUAGGAGGUCUUCAGAUGUCAUCUCGUUUUCAGCACCAAGCUCCAGGUGAACGAAGGUUGCUGACACCAAUGCAUGUAACGCAAGGCUUGGUGGAGGGGAAGAGUCAUGAUCGGACUGGGUUGGCUAUGUUUUAUGCUUUAGCGAGGGUUGGAAGGCGGAUGGAAUCCACAGGUGCUGGCGGACAGGGUAUAACUUCAAAUAAAUUUACAACCGAAUGA